UCAACAGCUGAUUAGUAUCUCCUCUUUCCAUAUCGACCGAUCUCAAUCUCCUCGCUCUUGAAUAUAAAUACUACUGCUGCCUGCAUCCCUGCGCUAGUACGUGAUAACCCGUAAUCAUGUUCAAACUAUUAAUAGCUUUAUCCGCACUCGUCGUUAUCUCCAGCGCUUACGGUCCAGCCGUGAGAGCCACAAAAGGACAAGUAUGGCCGAAACCCCAACAGGAAGAAAAAACUUCGGACUACUUUAUAGUACGACCACACACCUUCAGUUUCCAGGGUCCCGCAGACAUCGGCUGUCCGAGUUUACUCGAUGAUGCUUUCACUAGAUACUGGUCGAUUAUUGCUACCUCGGCCUCUCUGGAACGACGAGGACGACUGGCAGAAAUGGGAAAAAAACACACGAAGUUCUGGCAGCUAGACGAAAGCUUCUUGGGGAAUUUGGAAAGUUUGAAGGUGGAAGUGAGCGACGAGUGUACAGAUGACGCUCUCCCCGACUUCGGGGACAACGAAAAUUAUACACUGACCGUGAACGCCGAUGGGGCCACCCUUUCUGCACAAACCAUCUGGGGGGCGCUGCGAGGCUUGGAAACCUUCUCACAACUUAUCUACUUGGAGCAAGACGCCCUCGUCAUAAACGCCACUACCAUCACAGAUUUUCCCCGAUUUUCGUUCAGGGGGCUGCACUUAGACACCAGUAGGCAUUUUCUUCCGGUGUAUAUCAUCCUACAGACUUUGGAUGGAAUGGCUUAUAAUAAAUUCAACGUCUUCCACUGGCAUCUCACUGAUGACCAGAGUUUCCCGUACAAGAGUCGCGUAUAUCCAGAGUUGAGUGAAAAAGGUGCGUACCACCCGGUGUCAAAAGUGUUCGAACCAAGCGACGUAGCUAGAGUUAUUGAGUACGCUCGAGUCCGCGGGAUUAGAGUCAUCCCUGAAUUCGACACCCCUGGACACACGAGCUCGUGGGGUGCAGCCCACCCCGAGCUACUAACAACUUGCUACUCCAACAACCAACCCAAUGGUUACCUCGGUCCCAUGGAUCCCAGCAAAGACACAACCUACGACUUCAUCAACAACCUCUUCACAGAAGUCGUGGGGGUAUUCCCGGACUCGUACUUCCACAUCGGUGGCGAUGAAGUCGACUUCUCGUGCUGGCAAAGCAACCCCGACAUCACCACUUUCAUGAGCGACAACAACAUCAGCUCGUACGAAGGCUUGGAAAACUACUUCAUCCAGCACGUCGUCGACCUCCUCGACAAGCUAAAUUCCAAAUACCUCGUCUGGGAGGAAGUUUUCGUCAACGGAGUCACUCUCCCGAACACCACCCUCGUCCACGUGUGGCGAGGCGGAGGCUUCGACACCCUCAGAGACGUGACUAAAGCCGGCAAGUACGGUGUCUUCUCUUCCUGCUGGUACUUAGACCACUUGUCCAGCGGCGGCGACUGGCAAAAGUUCUACGAGUGCGAACCUCUAAACUUCGAUGGUACCGAUGAACAAAAGAAGCUGGUUUUGGGUGGGGCAGCCUGCAUGUGGACGGAAUCGGUGAACGAGUACAAUGUGAUGCCUCGAGUGUGGCCUCGGGCGUGCGCAACAGCCGAGAAACUUUGGUCUGCGGAAAGUGUUAAUGAUUUUGGGGCUGCUCAACCGAGGCUGGAGGAACACGCUUGUAGGAUGAACAUGAGGGGGAUUGCGGCGCAGCCACCCAACGGACCUGGAGUCUGUUUGUAAAUGUAGCAAUGAAUAAAAAAUAGCAUAUU